GUGAGAUGUGACAUGAAGUGAUGGAGAGAGAAAGAAACAAAGGAAAGGUGAAGCCCAAGCAGGAGUAAGAGUACAGACGAGUCAGACGAAGAGAAAAGUAGAUCAUUCCAUACUUCCACGCCUUCAGCAACAAUGCGUCCUGUGUCCUUGUCCUUGGUUUGGACCUUCUGCCUCCACCUGCUUUGCUUUUGUGCCGCGGAGGAAGGUCUGGAGUUCCCCAACUUUGACGGCAAAGACCGGGUGCUGGACAUAAAUGAGCACAGCUACAAGAAGGCGCUGAGGAGCUUUGAGCUGCUGUGCGUCUUCUACCACCAGCCGCUUCCCACCAGCAAGGGCCUGCAGAAGCGCUUCCAGAUGACCGAGCUGGUCCUGGAGCUGAGUGCUCAGGUCCUGGAGGACAAAGACAUCGGCUUCGGGAUGGUGGACUCUGAGAAGGAUGCCAAAGUAGCCAAGAAGCUCGGUCUGGAGGAGGUGGGCAGCCUGUACGUCUUCAAGGACCAGCGCAUCAUUGAGUUUGACGGACAGCUGUCAGCAGACACGCUGGUGGAGUUCCUGUUGGAUGUUCUGGAGGAGCCAGUGGAAGUGAUCAACAACGCCAUGGAGCUGCGAGCCUUCGAGAGGAUGGAGGAAGACAUCCGCCUGAUUGGCUACUUCAAAGGAGAGGAUUUAUACUACAAAGCCUUCCAGGAGGCGUCGGAACGUUUCCAACCUUACAUCAAGUUCUUUGCUAUAUUUGAUAAAUCCGUGGCCAAACAUCUCUCCCUGAAGAUGAACCAGGUCCAUUUCUUCGAGCCCUUCAUGGAGGAGGCGGCCGUCCUGCCCGGCAGAGCUCUGUCCGAGAUGGACAUCGUGGACUUUGUCAAGCAACACAGGAGGGCCACUCUGAGGAAGCUACGGGCGGAGAACAUGUUUGAGACGUGGGAGGACCACAUGGACGGAAUACACAUUGUUGCCUUUGCCGAAGAGGAGGACCCAGAUGGCUACGAGUUCCUGGAAAUCUUAAAGGACGUAGCCAGAGACAACACCAACAACCCGGAUCUCAGUAUCAUCUGGAUUGAUCCCGACGACUUCCCUCUGCUGACCACGUACUGGGAGAAAACCUUCAAGCUGGACUUGUUCCGCCCUCAGAUCGGCGUGGUCAACGUGACAGACGCGGACAGCGUCUGGUUGGACAUGUCUGACGACGAGGACCUGCCCACUGCUGAGGAGCUGGAGGACUGGAUCGAGGAUGUCCUGUCGGGCAGGGUCAACACCGAGGAUGACGACGAUGAUGAUGAUGAUGAUGAUGAUGACGACGCUGCCCUUGAUGACCACCACCUCACCCAUGAUGAUGAUGAUGAUGAUGAUGACUACUAGACC